AUGUCUAGAGGUAGAUCUGAAACUAUCAGAGAAACCCGCUGGUCGGGAACACCUACAAGAUUUAAACAAUUUGGUAGUCUUAAAUUAGACACAGUAAUCACAGGUCAUUUGACUCAAGAACAAUUAGAUGCAUAUCAACACUUUUUCAGAAUAGAAGAAAUAUCAAAUUAUUUAAGGACUGCCCAACAAGAACAUAGACUGAUCGUGGACUUAUUGCCAUCUUCAAAUAUUGAUAGUUCAAUACGAUAUAAAAGAGAUCCUUCACCACCACCAAAAUAUGAUAAUCAUGGAAAUAGAAUAAAUACAAGAGAACAAAGAAUUAUUGAAGCAUUAGAAAAAGAAAGACAUGGUUUAGUGGAAACUGCUGCUGGAAGUAUCAAAGAUUAUAUUGCACCUCCUGAAUAUAGAAAACCAGCUAAAACAAUGGAAAAAUUGUAUAUACCUGUCAAAGAUUAUCCUGAAAUUAAUUUUGUGGGAUUUUUAAUUGGACCUAGAGGUAGAACAUUAAAAAGGUUACAAGAUGAAAGUGGAGCUAGAUUACAAAUUCGUGGUAAAGGAUCUGUAAAAGAAGGAAAAUCAACCAAUGCCAUUGAGGGUAAAUCAGGUGGAGCUACUGAAUCAGUAGAAGAUGAUUUACACGUUUUGAUUACAUCAGAUUCUCAACAAAAAAUUGCUAAAGCGGUUAAAGCAUGUAAUGAAAUUAUUGAAAAAUUAGUAUUUUCACCAGUUGGUCAAAAUGAGUUGAAAAGAGAGCAAUUAAAAGAACUAGCUGUACUAAAUGGUACAUUGAGAGAAACUAAACCUUUUGAUCCUGAAGCAUAUCAAAAGAGACAACAAAGAUCAUUAGACAUAACCAAAAUUGUUUGUAAAAUUUGUGGGAAAGUUGGUCAUUAUGCAAGAGAUUGUAAACAAAACAAUGGAUCAUACAAUAAUAAUAACUACGUUAAUAACCGUAACGACAAGGACCAAGCAAAUACCGAUUCAUAUACUCCUUCCAGCUCAAAUGAUUCUCAACCAUGGAAAAAACCAAGACAUGACUUACCAAUUCCGCCAUGGCAAAUGGCUAACACAAAUACAAGACCACCUCUACCUUCCAUGACGAAUAAUUUUAAUAAUCAACCCCCACCACCUCCACAAGGAUUUCAGAAUAACCAUUUACAACAAGCUCCACCACCUUUUAUUCCAAAUAUGAAACAUCCUUCACCACCACCUCCACCUGUUCAAAAAGCCAAACCACCUCCACCACCUAGUCAUAAUACGAAGCAACCACCUCCACCGCCAACAACAAAACCGCAACCACCUCCACCUCCAUCUAAAUAA